UCCUUUUUGGAGUAUAAUCUCUGAUAGGAUAUGGACCUUUUGGAUCGUUUGAGUAAGAGAAGAAAAAAGAAAAUUGACAGAGCACUAGUGACUAGCCUAUGUGGCCUACACAAAGAACUAUGUACCAAAUUUAUGUGCUUUCAUAAAUUCUUUUCUCUCUUUUUUAUUGGUUGGUUUAUAUUCCAAGUUGGCAUAUUUAAAUGGAUUGUGUUCAUUUUCACAACUUAGAAUGAGAGAGAGGAAAGUAAUUAAGAGGAUUUUGAUUCUUGAUUUGUUAUAAUAAAUUCUUUAAUCAUGCCUAUUGAACUGAAAUUUUCUUAUAGAAAACGAAAUGAUGGCAUUAAUCGGUGGGUUUUUUGGACUCAACAUAAUGGUGAUGAGUUGAACCAAGUUAAAUCCCUCUUUCCAAUUCUCAGAGAUUCUACUCAACCUGAUACAAAUGGUGACUGUCAAUUGAACAGAUUGACAAUCAAGAAUCUAGUCGAGCUUCUUGAUGUUCAAGGUACUUGUUUGAUUCAAUUUUGGGCACCUAUAAGGAAUAAUGGUGGGAAGACUUUCUUAACAACAGCAGACCAGCCUUUUUCUUUUAAUGGCAAGAUUCACGAGGGUCUGUGGGCGUACAGGCGUGUAUCUCUUCACACAAUAGCGUCCGUGGACGCCACAGAGAUCGAUGAAACUAAACGCAUAUGCGUCCAUGGCCGUCCAGCGCGCGUCUUCAGAAGUGGAAUGCCUGAAUUCAGUCCUCAUGUCAGAUACUAUUACAUGGAUGAAUACCCUUUGCGCAAUUUUGCAAUGUGUUUGGGAGUAGGUAGCUAUUGGACUUUGCCAGUAUUUGAGAGUUCAGGGGACCGUUGUAUUGGCGUACUGGAAUAUGCUUUCGAGGCAAAUGUAGGUCUUGAUCUUUACUCUAUCUUAGACCGUCUCAUCAACAAUCACAGAAUACUUAAGACAAUGGGUCUAGCUCUCAUUCCUUCAUGGUUAGCAUGCCCGCAAGAGAUACAAGAAGUAUGGGAGCAAGAACUUGCUCAAGUAAAGGAGGCUUUGGACGUAACAUGUAAGACUCACAUGUUACUCUUUGCUCAAACUUGGAUUCCAGUGCUUGAUUCAAGUAGAACACAAAUGUUGAUCACCUCGCCCCCAACAAAAUAUUGGAGUGAAGAGAUAUCGUCUCUUGAAUUUUUGGCUGUUAGUGACCUACAUCAUGUACAGAUUGGUCAAGGAUUGGUUGGAAAAGUGCUUUCAUCAAAGGGUUCAUGCUUUUGCCGAGAUAUAACUCAAUUAAGCAUAGAUUUUUACCCCUUAGUACCAAUUGCCCGCUGUGCUGGAUUUACCGCCUGUUUUGCAAUUUUUGUGAGACUGAAUAGUGCAUGCCACAUGGUACUAGAAUUCUUUUUACCACGUGAUGAGAUGCUCGAUAGAAAUCCACAAAGUUUCUUGAGCAAGCUAUUAGCCACAAUUCGAGAGCAACUUCCGAGCUUUUUCCUUGAUUCAGGACCAAGCCUGUUUGUUGAGGUUAUCAGAACUGCUCCUGUCGAUGAGCUUGAUUCCUUUGAGAUAAACCAACCACAACAAGUGGUUCGAUCAAAGGGAAACGAAAAGGUGGUGCAUUUUGAUUCCUUGAAUCAAGAUACCGCUGAUUUAGGGCCUUCGAGUUCAACUGAUAUAGGAGCUCAUUACAUGGAAAUUACAAACCAUACUCCUGAUAAUGGAGAAGAAACUGUGCUGCAAGAUUCAGCACACAAACAAGGAGUUGAGGAAGCUGAUGCAAUGGACAAAGAAAAGAGUUCUGUACAUUUCAAAGAGAACAAAUUUGCCUAUACUGAUUCAGACAUACUUGCAACAUCAUUUGUUGAUUCAGAGCAAAACUUGUCUACUGAUAAAGCUUCGCUCGAUGAAAAACUUGAUUCCUUCAAAAUAGGCCAUCGUCAACUUCCCUCGAUGGUACAAUAUAACACCAUCAAUCAAAUAUUUGGUUUUGAUCCUUCAAGUUCAUCUGAUUUAGAAGAAAUUGUAACUGCGGAUUAUGGACGGGACACUCAAAUGAAUCUUCAGUCAAAGAAGAGAGGAGAAAGUACACAGCCAGAUUCAGCACAUCAGCAGACAGUGGAGGAAGCUGAUGUAGCGGACAAACGAAAGCAUUCUGUGCAUGUCGAAGAGAAUACAAAUUCCCAGAAUUGUCCAGAGAAACAUAAAAGGAUAAAGAGGAUAGAAAAGGAGUAUGGCAUUAGUCGUAGUGUUCUAGAAGAACAAUUUGGAAAGAAACUUUCUGAUGCUGCAAAGAGUUUAGGAGUUGCUCGAAGUACCUUGAAGCGCAUGUGCAGAGACUACGAUAUAUACAGGUGGCCACGUAGUAAGUCUGCAAAUGAUGUAUGCUCGCUUUCUGAAAACAAACCAGUAAAAAGAGUUGAAAAACAGAUGGGGAAUUCCAGUCGAGAAGACCUACAGCUACCACAUGCUAGUCUGUCUAAUGGAAUGGAUACAACUACGACGUUGACUCAGAGGAAGGUGCCUAUUGCUACAUUUCAGAGCGACAACACCAUGAGCGUAAAGGUAACUUACAAAGAUGUGACCAUAAGGUUUCCGCUCUCUCUUUCAUCGGGGAAAAUUGAUUUGGAAACAGAAGUUGAAAAGAGAUUGAAAUUAGUACCGGUUGGAAGUUAUUCUAUAAAGUAUGAAGAUGAAGAUAACGAUUGGAUUGCAAUAACUUGUGAUUCAGAUUUAGAGUAUGGAAUACACACUUUAAGAUCAUUAGGAAGAACUACAAUGAAGAUGUUGGUUGAGCCCUUGAAUUAAUUUUACUGAUUAUGUACAUGUCAUAUGUCCCCUAUUUUUAGUGUUCAUGCACCAUAGUACAAUAGACACUUGUACGAGGCGUGGAAACAGCCUCUUGCAUAAAUGCAGGGUAAGGUUGCGCACAAUAGACCCUUGUGGUCCAGCCCUUCUUCGGACCCCGCGCAUAGCGGGAGCUUAGUGCACCGGGCUGUCCUUUAUUCACCAUAUUUUUCCCAUCAGCUUAAAGCUUUCCUUGAGCCUAAUGCUUUUUAGUUACUAAUGUUAAUACGUGGUUGUAACGUGUUAAAUGCUAGGAUUUUGUUAGGUUUUGUUAUCUUGUAAUUGUUCUACAUCUGGUAGGAUCCCUAGAUUGUAUUCUACGUUUCUUCGGUCUGUGCUGGAUAUGUGUUAUGACUUAUGUCU